AUGGGUUCGUCGAUUUAUCCUGACGAAUUGGUGAAAAUAGUCUCUGACGAAAUUGCUUCAAACAAAGGAAGGAUCACAUUAAACCACUUAUGGGAUAUUGCUCGUAAACAUUUUGACUUAGCCGAUGAUAAGGUUAAACACUUUGUGCUCUCAUGCAUAAUGAUGAAAAAGGACAUCGAAGUGUACUGUGAUAAUGCUAUGGUUUCCAAAAAUGUGCAAGAUAUUAUAAGCGAUACUGAUCAGUCGUACUCAGUUGGAAUCACUGAGGAUAGCUUAUGGACAUUAUUAACUGGGUACACUAAAAAGGAAUCAACUAUUGGAAAUUCAGCAUUUGAGCUUCUUCUUGAAGUCGCCAAAGCAGGAGAAAAAGGGAUCAACACGAUGGAUCUCGCCCAAGUGACUGGCCAAGAUCCUAGAAGUGUGACCGGCCGUAUCAAAAAAAUAAACCACUUGCUUACCAGUUCACAAUUGAUUUACAAGGGUCAUGUAGUGAAAUUGUUAAAACUGAAAAAGUUCAAUCACGACAAGGGCGAUGAUAAUCCCUAUAUUAACAUCAGAGAUCACUUGGCGACAAUUGUUGAAGUAGUAAAGAGAUCCAAAAAUGGUAUCCGCCAAAUAAUUGACCUGAAGCGUGAACUUAAAUUUGAUAAAGAGAAGAGACUAUCUAAAGCAUUUAUUGCUGCUAUUGCAUGGUUGGACGAAAAGGAGUAUUUAAAGAAAGUGCUUGUGGUGUCCCCAAAAAACCCUGCUAUAAAAAUCAGAUGUGUGAAAUACGUGAAAGACAUUCCAGAUUCUAAAGGCUCUCCCACCUUUGAGUACGACAGUAAUAGUGCAGACGAGGAUUCUAUAUCAGACAACAAGGCAGGCCUGGAAGAUGAGGACUCCGUCGAAGGAUUAGACAAUUUCAACGCGACUGAUUUAUUACAAAAUCAAGGUCUAGUCAUGGAAGAUAGUGAGAAUGCUGAAAAAAAUAGAAUUCUUCUAAAUCGAUUCUUUCCAUUACAGAAUCAGACAUAUGACAUUGCAGACAAGUCCGGUCUUAAAGGAAUUUCAACCAUGGAUGUCGUUAAUCGGAUUACAGGGAAAGAAUUCCAGCGAGCUUUUACAAAAUCAAGUGAAUAUUACUUAGAAAGCCUAGAUAAGCAGAAGCAAAAUACAGGGGAUUUCAGGCUUUUCCGUAUAUACGAUUUCGAGGGAAAGAAGAAGUUUUUCAGGCUAUUUACAGCUCAAAACUUUCAAAAAUUAACAAACGCAAAAGACGAAAUCUCUGUUGCAAAAGGAUUUGAUGAACUAGGUAAGUCUGAUUUGGACUUGAAGACCCUUAACGAAGAUAAUUUUGUUGCACUCAAUAAUACGGUUAGAUUCACCAAGAACAAUGAACAGCAAGAUGUAUUCUUCUGGCACGGUGACUUGAAGAUUCCACCAACUUUGAAAAAAAUUCCGAAUAAGAAUAAGCGUAAGAGACAGGUUAAGGAAAAUACUAAUAAUGCUGUUGCUGAAAACAGCAACAAGGUUUCGGCACCCAAAAGAAUCAAGAUCGAGCAGCAUCUCGGCACCAAGCAUGACGUGACAGGUACUGAAGAUGAUUCAAGCUCUAACAGAAAGGGCUUUAUAAAAGGCAAGGUGGUCAAUUUCGGCGGCUUUUCAGCCGGUUCUUUGCGUUCGCUGCAAAGGCAGAGAGCCAUCUUGAAAGUGAUGGAUGCAAUCGGUGGGGUCGCGUAUUUGAGGGAGCAAUUUUACGAAGGCGUUUCCAAAUAUAUGGGUUCUCCAACCACGUUAGAUAAAAAGACUGUCCGAGGAGAUGUCGAUUUAAUGGUAGAAAAUAAUAAAUUAGGUGCAAGAACAGAGCCAAUAUCAGGGCGAAGAAUUAUUUUUCUGCCUAGCAUUGGAGAGGAUGUUAUUCAAAGCUAUAUUUUGAGGGAGAAAGAUAGCAAAAAAGCAACCUUUACUGAUGUUAUCCAUGAUACAGAUAUAUACUUUUUCGACCAAACAGAAAAAAAUAGAUUCCAUAGAGGUAAGAAGUCAGUUGAGAGGAUUCGGAAGUUCCAGAACCGCCAAAAAAAUGCUAAAUCUAAUGUUAUAAACGAGGCUGCUGCUCCUAAGAGAGGUACGUUAGCCAUUGCAUCAGAUGAUAACCGUAAAAGCAAAGACAGAAAGUUAUCAGCGAGAAAAACGCCAUUGGUCACUGUAACCAAUAAGGUAAUCAAGACCAUAUAUCACGCCGGCACUAAAGAAGGUGUUCAGGCCCUAAUCAGGGCUGUUGUUAUUACUAAAAGUAUUAAAAACGAAAUAGGGUGGGACGAGAUAACGAAACUAUUUCCCAAUAACUCCCUAGAUAAUCUGAAAAAGAAAUGGACAGCUCGCAGAGUGAGAAUGGGCCAUAGUGGUUGGAGAGCUUAUGUAGACAAGUGGAAAAAAAUGCUUGUUAUAGCAAUUAAAGGUGAAAAGAUUUUGCUGAAGGAUGUAGAGGAACUAGAUCUUUCUAAACUGCUCGGCGUUUGGGACUCCUUUGAUGAGAAAGAGGUGAAGAGAUCGCUUUACCUUUAUAAGAGCUAUGAAGAGAAUAGGAAAAAAUUCACUUUGAUUCGUGACGAUAUAUCGGUGCAUUCUAACAAUGAUCUUGCUAUGUCGUCUAUGAUUCAAAGAGAGAUAUCUUCUUUGAAGAAAACUUACACAAUAACGGUUUCUGAUUUUGGUCCCGAAGACACCACUAAGAUCCGAAGUGACGAUUACAUCCGUACAGUGAUUCGAUCAAUUUUAAUUGAUAAUUCUUCAACUGCUAGAAAUGAAAUAGAAGUUUUGAAAGAUGUCGAAAAGGAAUCAAUAGAUAAUGUCAUUAUGGACAUGGCUAAGGAAAAGCAGGUCUAUCUCCAUGGUUCUAGACUUGAAUGUACAAAUACACUACCGGAAGUUUUAGAAAGUAAAGGGAAUUACAAAGACUUCGAAGUUGCUUUAAAAUAUAGGACUAAGUUUAAUGAGUUGCUGGAAGCUGGAAAUGGUAUCGUCAUCGAUCAAGAACCGUCUGACAUAUCUUCCUGGAUAUUGAUUGAUCUAAUUUCUAACGACCUAUUAAAUAUAGAUAUAAUACCAAUGAUAAGGAAUGUUCGGCCAUUAACUUAUACUUCGAGAAGAUUUGAAAUCAGAACGCUUACCCCCACUUUGAUUACAUAUGCUAAAUCUCAAGCAAAACUAAACACACCGAAGAAAUCGAUUGUCAAGAUUCCACUCGGCAAACCAUUUUCCCGUUUAUGGGUGGACGGUUCUGGUGCCAUUAGGCCAAAAAUAUGGAAGCAGGUUGUUACUAUGGUCGUCAAUGAAGUGAAGUUUCAUCCAGGAAUAACAUUAAAUAGGUUACAAGUUAAAUGCCGUGACGUACUUUCGCUCGAUGAAAUAUCAGAAAUAUGUGACUGGCUUUCAAAAAGACAAGUAUUGAUGAACAUGAAAUAUGGUGGUUUCUGGGUAGAUCAUAGUUGGUAUUCUAUAUUUUAA